AUGGGCAAGGGCUCCGUCUUCCUCCUCGGUCCAGGUUUCAUUGGACUCGGAGUCCUCAAAGAGCUCCUCCAUGAAGGGUACCAGGUCACAAUCCUGGUCCGAAAAGAAGAAGCAAGAGCAGGUCUCGAGAAGCUCGGCACUAAAACUAUACUCGGAUCGCUGGAUGACGGUGAUAUAAUCUGCAAUGCUGCCGCCGCCGCCGACGUCGUAAUGCACACCGCGACGGCUGAUCACGAGCCCUCAGCCGUUUCCAUCCUCGAGGGCAUCAACGAGCGCGCCAAAACUGGAAAGAGCUCUAUCUACAUCCACACCAGCGGCUGCAGCGUCAUCACUGAUAAAUCCAACGGUGCAUACGCCAGUGACAAGAUCUACGAAGAUGACAAGCCCGAGACGAUUGAUAGUGUAGCGGACGAUGCGCCCCACCGCACCAUCGACCUGGCCAUCCUCAAGCGCCGCGCCGAACUGGGAGCUAAAGCGAAGAUCGCGAUUAUGUUCCCGCCCCUGAUCUACGGGCUGGGCCAGGAGAACCGUCUCUCGAUCCAGCUCCCGACCAUGGCGCGCUUCGCGCUCAAGCACGGCUACGCGGGCUAUGUAGGGAAAGGCAAGGCGCUCUGGCGACACAUCCACGUGGCUGAUCUGGCGCGGGGCUACAUGACCAUCCUGCACCACAUGGAAUCCUCGUCUGGAGAGGAGGUGCUCAAGAACCCGUACUUCUUCUCCGAGAACGGGGAGGACUACUCGUGGGAGGCAUGUGCUGAGAUGAUUGGGAAGGCGCUGAAGCAGGCGGGCAAGAUCGAGGAUUCGACGCCGAGGGAGAUUCCGGAGGAGCUGUAUGGUGAUCUCUUCAAGGAGUGGUCUGUCCCAGUCAUUGGGCAGAAUGCGAGGAACCGUGCCAAUAGAUUGCGUGCGCUGGGCUGGGAGCCCCGUGAGAAGUCGACGUUCGAUUCUUUGAUGUCGGAUGAGUUGCCCCUCCUGCUGGCUGAGACGGGAGAGUUCAAUGGCUACGCAGCAGCUGUUGCUUCCUAG